CGCGGGCACGGGAGGCGGGGAGCCGGGGGCGAGGCCGCGGCGGCGGCGACUUCCCGGGACAACCGGCACGGAGGGAGCGGGGAAAAGAAAAUCGAAGUGGGCGGUGGGGGGGGAAGGUUGUCACGGAUGAGCGGAGGCGGUUAGUACGGGGCGCGGGGAGGGACAAUAUUGGCGAGUGGGUGGGGCUUGGCUCCUCCGUUGCUCUCCAGCCCUGGGCGUGGAGUCAAGGAAGGGGGCGUGGCCGCUCCUCAGCUGUGCCCCCUCCUGGGCGGGGCUAAGCCAGCUGGUCCUGCAGUUCCUGCAUUUUUAUAUUAUUAUUUAGCCAUUGAGGUUUUAUUUCUCCCUCUUCCCACAAUCAGUCCAGUUGCUUUGGCUUCUGAUUAACCCCCCCCGGGCCCUCCUUUCUGCCCCGACCCCUGCCUCUUCCUGCUGGCAUGACAGCUUCACCUGUUGAGGGUCUGCCUGCAUCCCUGCUCUGAGAGUGACUUGUUUGCAAGGCGUUUCCUUGAAAAUACAUCCAGCCGGAUGCCAUGGGACUUCCUGGCAGAUUCCAAUCGCCAUCCUGCUGAACUGGGAUAAAUGGAGACAGGAGUCAAGAUGCCGCUCUUCUUUCGGAAAAGGAAGGCGAGCAACGAAGCCCGGAAACGCCUGGAAUAUCAAAUGUGUCUCGCAAAGGAAGCUGGAGCAGAUGAUGUUCUUGACAUUUCCAGGUGUGAACUUUCUGAGCUUCCCUACGGUGCCUUUUCGACCUGCAAAGUAUUGCAGAAGAAGGUGCUGAUUGCUCACACCAAUUUUUUGAUGUCCCUCGUCCCCAAAUCCUGCAGCCUCUCUAAUCUUGUAACAAUAAAGGUUUUAGAUCUCCAUGAUAACCAGCUGACCUCUCUUCCUGCCGAUAUCGGCCAGUUGAUUUCUCUCCAGGUUUUGAAUGUAGAAAAGAAUGUUUUAAAAGCUCUUCCGGACUCGAUUGGGGACCUUGUUCAGCUUCAGACGCUGAAUUUGAAAGGCAACAAGCUCAAGCAAUUGCCUUCCACCCUAGAGGGCCUGCGGAGUCUCCGAACGUUGGACAUCAGUGAAAAUUUGGUCCGGGAGUUGCCGCAGACACUGGCUCACAUCCGAACCUUGGAGACGCUGUCCCUGGAUGCUUCAGGAAUGGUUUACCCACCGGGUGAGAUUUGCAGCACUGGCACCGUGGCCAUCCAGCAGUUCCUCUGUGACGAACUGGGCACAGAAUACAACCCUCCCUCUCAGUAUUUACUCCCUGUGUUGGAAAGGGAAGGCGAGGAGACAUCAGUGGAUGGCAUCCGGAGAACAGCUGACAAAUAUAUGGAAGAUGAAGCCGAGUGGCAAAACAAGUUUCUAGACUAUGAGAAGCGAAAGGAGCAGAAGAUGCAGGAGAAGCUGGAAUUUGAGCGUUGGCUGGAUCUGGAGCAGAGAGAACAAGUCCACUUGAUGCAUCAAAGUCACGUCCAGAAAGGAGAAUUUCUCCAAAGCAUGAAAGAGGAGCAGAUGAAACUGGAGGAAGGGUUGACCCGCCAUCAGCAGCGCCUGGGGACUGAGCGCCUGAAGCUGCUGGAUCAGCUGAAGCAGAUGGAGCAAGGGGUGGCCAGCAGGAUCCAGAAACUGCUGGAAGAUAACCAAAGGCAGAAACAAAGUUCUGAGAUUUUGAAAUCCCUCGAGAACGACCGGAUCCGGAUGGAGCAGCUGAUGGCCAUCACUCAGGAAGAAACGGAACAGCUGAGGAAGAAAGAAGUAGCUGCGGCCAUGAAGCAGAUGUUGUCCGAGACCUACAGGAACAGAUUACUUCAGGGAGCCUGUGAAUCUCGCCGACAGGACCUGGUCAACCAGACGUGCUCCAGCCUUGCCAAGAUGGAUGAGAAGUUCCAGCAGAUCCUGGCUUGGCAGCAGCUGGAUCAGAACAAAGCCAUCAGCCAGAUCCUGCAGGAGAGCGAGAUGCAGAAGGCAGCCUUCGAAGCGCUCCAGGUGAAGCGAGACGUCAUGCAUUGCCAGAUCAGAAACCAGAUUAAGUUAAUAGAGAGAGAGUUACUGCAACUCACCCAGUUGGAGUUAAAGAGGCAGCAGCUGGACACGGAGGCUCUGCAGGAAGCAAUUGGGGAGCAACGGCGCACCUUGAGUUAUCUGCUGCAGCAGCUGCUGAAAGAGAAAAAAGAGCGAGAAGAGGAGCUGCAAGCCAUUCUGAAAGAACUGGAGGCCAAGAGUGAGACGAAGCAGGAGAACUACUGGCUGAUCCAGUACCAACGACUCUUAAAUCAGAAGCCUCUCUCUCUCCGGUUGCAGGAAGAAGGUCUGGAGAGGCAGCUGGUGAAGCUGUUGACGGGCCUCUCGGCCGAACAGUACCUACCCAUUUUUGCCCACCAUCGGAUCUCUCUCGAAAUGCUCAGCCACAUGGUCCCUGGGGACCUAGCCAAGAUCGGAAUAACUGAAUCUGGCUUGCAACGCGCCAUCAUCCAGAAAGCUCGGGAGAUACAAGCUGUUGCAGAAACCAUACCAGAACUGUUGAAGCCAGCAGAAGAAGUGGGGCCUUCUGCACCCGAGUUUGGAGAAGAGUCCGCCCAGCCUGAAGCCCCAUCAGCUCCACCGCCAGAAGAACACCACUGCGAGUGUGUAGUGUGUAUGGAGUUAGAGGCCCAAGUGGUGUUCCUGUACUGCGGUCACGUCUGCUGCUGCCAAAAGUGCUCCGAAGCCUUGCACACCUGCCCACUCUGCAGACAAGCGAUAGUGCAACGGAUCCGGCUCUUCCACAGCGGCUAUAGCCCCCCGGAGGAUGCCAAAGGGGCAGGCUUUUCUCCUGGAGGAGAAAUGUAGAAAAACCUGGAAUGUCAGCCUUCGUCAUUUGCUUUUUUUUUUGCACGUCGGUUUUGUCAUCGCUGCACGCUCGGAAAGCAUGUUCUGGGUUUGCAGCACUCGCCUCCGCGCACGCCGGGCGAUGGACAGGAAGGAGGUGUGCACCACGCCUUUGCACUAAAUAAGGUCGUCUUUUGCUCACGGUUGUCCACUGGGCAGAGUGUUAUGCGUUCGAAACCUCCAGGCAACUGGGAAAUAAAUGAAGGGACGCUCAAAAGUGUUUUUUUCAAAAGGCAGCUGGACUUUCUUUCUUGGUUCCUUUCCUUGAAAACCUUUCGCUUCUCCUCUAAGAAGCUUCUUCAGAUUGUUGAGUGAGAAGCAAAAUGUUUUCAAGGAAAGACUAUAUAAAAAAACACAGGGAAGUCCAAUUGCCUUUUGGAAAAGCGCUUUUGGGACAACCGUGGCCUGGAUGAUGGAUGGAUAACUGGGAGAGACUUGCAUUUUAGCCCCUGGAAGGAAUUUAACGCAGGGAUGGUGACGGGAUCAUCCCGACCACUAUCGGUGGGGCAAAAAUGUCAGAGGAGAACAAAAAGCUGCCUUUAUUACAGGGAAUCUCCGUGUCGAUCGCCCUCAAGCUCUACUAGUCCUCAUUGAAAUGCUUCAAAUCUCCCUGCAGGGCUUUUCAUUUUUCACAUUUGGGAAUUAAAAGGGAGACCUGUCACCAAAAUAUUGGAGGGGAAGGGAAGGGAAAGAAUCUCACUCGCCGAAGAGGGCAGCCUGGCGUGACCACCCCUUUAGAGGCAAAAGUUGAACUCAGGGUAUGAAUGUCGGCUGGGUUAAUGGAAGGUGCCCGGUUGGGUGGCAGCUGUUCUGCUUGACAGCAUGUAGUUAAUAACUUGGUUAAUUAGUCAGUCAGUGGACUUGAACUGCCUGAGCAAGUUCUUCCCCAGAAAGUGGGCAGAGGAGUGGGCAGGAACAACUCCCAAGUUCAGGAUCCCUUGAGGACUGGAAGCUUCAUUCUCUACCUGCCGCCUCCUGAAAAAUCUGCACUUUUCUUUGGACUGAACCACUUGCCUUCCUUCUGGGAUGCUUGGAAAAGCAGGGAUUCAACGCCUUUGGUGUGUGUGUGUGAGGGGAGUGUUCUCUGCCCAACCCCUCCCCAUCUCUCUGGGGCUGCACCCAGCUGGGAGAGCCUAGGCACAACUGGUGGCUGGGCCUGCAGUUUCGAAUCUUUAGGAUGAUGGACUUGGGAUGUGGGAAGGGGGGAAAAAAUGCUUGUGGAGCAAGGAUGUCCAACCUUGGCAAAUUUAAGAUCCGUGGACUUCCAACUCCUGGAAUUCUGGGAGCUGAAGUCCACAGGUCUGAAAAAUAGCCAAGGUUGGGUCUUCUCCUGGCUUCUGUGUCGGUAAGGGGGUUGGGUUCUCCCUCCAAGUCAAGACCACGGGUGUUCUUGGCUGCAAGCCUGCUAUGUUGAGGUUCUGAUGAUCCAUAUGUCCCACUUAUCACAACCCAUGGAGAUUCUCCAGCCCUCAUUCCAGACAGAAGCUGAGAACUCCAGGGGAGCCUGCUCUAAGCUGCCUUCCCACCCACCCCGGGUUUCUGUGUGGAAAGCCGUGAAGUGGGGGGAAAAGGAACAUCAGAACCCAUCACACAGCUGUGAUUCUUUCAAAAGAGCCUCAAGAACUGCCCGCCGUACCUCCUGCAUGUCUGUCUGGUGUGUACAUUGAUCUGUUUGCCAUGUAAUGUCUUCUAUGUACUCAGCCGAGAAAAUAAACUUCCAAGAGCUUCGA